GCGCGCGCGGGGGCUCCUGGGAGUUGUGGUCCGGCGCCGCUCGUCGCUGCUGCGGCUGCUACGGGCUCGGCGCCGGCUUUGUCUGUCUGCGGGCGCGCGCUGCUGCGGUACUCAAGACCAGCCCAUGGAAGAAUCAUACAAAGAAGUGGUGAUUAAAGUAACAGAGCAGGAGUGGACAUGUUUGGGUUUCCAACAGCUACCCUGCUGGACUGUCAUGGAAGAUAUGCCCAGAAUGUAGCAUUUUUCAAUGUGAUGACAGAAGCCCACAAAUAUGAUCAUUCAGAGGCCACGGGAUCGUCAAGCUGGGAUUUCCAGAGUUCUUUCAGAAGAGAGAAGCUGGAACAAAAGUCCCCAGAUUCUAAGACACUACAGGAAGACUCCCCUGGAGUGAGACAGAAGGUCUAUGAUUGCCAGGAAUGUGGGAAGUCUUUCCGGCAAAAAGGAGAAUCAAACACAGAUUCUGUGGAGACUCUUCUUCGGGAGAAAGGCCUGCAGGGAGCUGGAGAGAUGACUGAGACGGAGAACACCUGUGGUUCUUGCGAGUUCAGUUCCCAGCACCCACAUGGUGCUCACAACCUUCCAUAGCUCCAGUUCUAGGGGAUCCAAUGACCUCUUCCGACCUCCAUGAGUACCAAGGAGCAUGUGGUACACAGAUAAACAUGCAGGCAAAACACUUAUACAAAUGAAAUAAAAAUAUUUAGAAAGAGAGACUUCAGAUUUGCCAUAGGAGUUUUCUUAGUGACUAAUUUUGGAAGAGAUGGCCAGUCAGUACCUGGCAGUUGAAUUAAUAUUGUGAAUCUUCAAGAAGUACACACAGAUGUUGAAAUAGAUUCCUGUCAGUGAUUUCACAAACACUGAAAGCAAAAAAAUAUUUAUCUUUGAAGUUCCAAGCCAAAUGGCCAGACAGGUCUCCUCUGUGAAGUUGUGUAAGAAGCCUCUGAGGAAAAAAACUUCUCUUCGUAACUGAAGAAAGAACUGAGAAAAGGAAUAAGCAGGGACUGUCAUCCCAUGGACCACCAUUCAGAGAAUCUUCAAGUUAAACUCACAUCUGAUGUAACAGAACCAACCAGUACCUCUAUUGUUCCCUAGUGAGACAACUUGCCAAAAUGUCCAGGUCGAAGGCUCCUUAGUUCCCUUUGACUGUGACAGACAGUAAAGACACUUGUAGAUGGAAGCUACCAUCAGUCACCUGCAGUCUUCAGAGAAACCACACAAAGGAACCUG